CCUGCGUAUCGACUACAAACCAAUGAUUAUAGGCGACAGACAUGUGAAAGAGAUAUUAACGAAUGUGACAGUGACCCUUGCAACAAUGGAGCGACUUGCUCGGACAUAAUAACGGGUUAUUUCUGUACAUGCACCGCAGAAUAUGCAGGGCGCCACUGCGAUUACGGUAAAACCAUUUGUUCCACAUCAGACCAAUGUGCAAAGAAUGAGGUUUGCAAAGGGGCUGUGCAGCUGUGGACACGGUCGGAUCAGAACAGAAGAAGGUUGUCAAAUUCCGAGACGAUUCGACAUGUGGUUUCAAAUUACAGAUGUCAACGGGUCCCUUGCACUAUACCCUGACCCUAACACUUUCAAAUCCAGUGAUGAAAUAAUCAGAGGAGAACUAGAGUAUGCGAUCUUUCACCGGUUAUCGAGAUGGGAGAUCUUCGUUGACUCCGUAUUCAGUGUCAAAAUCAAGUCCUUCAAUGGAAGUCUCGGAGUAGAGAUACAAAUCGUUCUCGAUGCAGGUAGUACACCUGAUGACGUCAUGAUUUAUGAUCUUAUGACGGAUUAUGUCUUUUUCGCCGAGGAAGAUCUGUCGUCUGGAUACACAUCUUACACCGUGGAUGUUAACUCUAUCGUUGUUCAAGAUUUGGAUGAAUGCGAUGAAAUGGAAUACUCCGCUUGCUCCGUCUAUUCUACUUGCAACAACACGAUUGGUUCCUACCAGUGCACCUGUCUGCCUGGCUUUGGAGAUCAAGGGGAUCCGACGGAUGGGCAAGGAACGGUCUGUAGUGAUAUCGACGAAUGCAGUAAUUCAUCCUUAAAUGAAUGCUCUCUGUUCGCUGGAUGCACGAACACAGUCGGUGGAUAUAACUGUGUUUGUCUCUCGGGAUAUGUGGACUCUACUGGGAGCUCUGGAAGAUUAUGUGCAGAUAUCAACGAGUGCAUCUCACAACCAUGCUUCAAUGGCGGUACAUGUAGGAACUUGGAAGACAGAUUUACAUGUGAGUGUGCUCCAGGCUAUGAAGGACAGAACUGUAAAAUAGGCAAGUCUACUUUUUGCAUUACCAUCAUAUUAAUUUCCUGA